UCCCAGAGUUUUAUAUAAAAUACGGCUGCACACAUAGAUUUGCUUAACUUGAAACAUGGUGUUGAUUUGGACUCAGUUUGGUUUGAAACACAAAAACCUUAAGUGUAAGGUUCGGGUUAUACACAGCAAUGACAGCUGGAUAAUGGGGCAAGCACGAGUGGUCCCGGAAGUGCACUGUCUGUCCAUCACGGCCAUGGGGAAGGACUACUAUAAGAUCUUGGGGAUCCAGUCAGGCUCCAACGAGGAUGAGAUCAAAAAGGCCUACAGGAAAAUGGCCCUCAAGUUCCACCCCGACAAAAACAAGGACCCCAACGCCGAGGAGAAGUUCAAGGAGAUCGCGGAGGCGUACGAAGUGCUGAGUGACCCAAAGAAGAGGGUGAUAUACGACCAGUAUGGCGAGGAGGGUCUGAAAACUGGUGGAGGGGGAACCACCGGAGGGCAGGGAAACACCUACCACUACACUUUCCAUGGGGACCCUCACGCCACCUUCGCCUCCUUCUUCGGGGGCUCCAACCCUUUCGACAUGUUCUUCGGCCACAGCCGCUCCCGAGGGACCACCAACGGCUUCGGGGACCACGGGGACCAUGACAUGGACAUCGACCUGGACGGCGACGACGACCCCUUCAGCCCCUUCGCCCGCUUCGGCUUCAACGGCAUCAACGGGUUCCACCACGGCGGGGGCGGCGGGGGCCGCCGGCUGCACUCGGAGGCCCAGCGCAGCCGGCGCAAGGUCCAGGACCCGCCGGUGGUGCACGAGCUGCGCGUCUCCCUGGAGGAGAUCUUCCACGGCUGCACCAAGCGCAUGAAGAUCACCCGCCGGAGGGUCAACCCCGACGGCAGGACCCUGCGCACCGAAGACAAGAUCCUCAACAUCGUCAUCAAGAGGGGCUGGAAGGAGGGAACCAAGAUCACCUUCCCCAAGGAGGGCGACGAGACGCCGGAGAACAUCCCCGCCGACAUCGCCUUCGUGCUCAAGGACAAAGGACACCCGCACUUCAAGAGGGACGGCGCCAACAUCAUCUACACUGCUAGGAUCAGUCUUAAAGAGGCUCUCUGUGGCUGCACAGUGAACAUUCCCACCAUGGACAACCGAGUGAUACCGCUUCCCUGCGGGGAGGUCGUCAAGCCGGGCACAGUCAAGAGACUGAGAGGGGAGGGGCUCCCCUUCCCAAAGACCCCCUCCCAGCGCGGUGACUUGAUAGUGGAGUUCCAGGUGCGCUUCCCCGACAGGAUACCCCCACAGUCCAGGGAAAUCAUCAAACAGCACCUGCCCGUGUCGUAGGACUGCCAGCGGACUGAAACCCUGGGAUUUCUCUCCCUCUCUCUCUCUCUCUCUCUUUUUUAUCAUGCUAAUUUUCUGGAUGCCAAUAUUUAAUCAGAAUUAUAAAGGAAAAUAAAGUGCCACAAGAGUUUUGUUUUAUUAUCUUUCAUGUACAGAUGUUCCUUUUUUUACACACGCGAGGAAGUGCGGACGUGUGGACUGGUCUCUGUGGACGGACUCUCGGGGCUGGGGCGGGGAUGGGAGGUGGGGGGGUUGGUGGGGAGGGGUGUGGGUUUGGGGGGGUGGCUCUAUUGUUGAGCUUCUGCUUUUUCACCCAGGACAUAUUUUCUUAUGCUCUGUUUUAUAAGGACUGUUUUCCCCCUGCUCUGUUAUUUGAGGGUCGGGUCAAAGGCAAAAUCCUUAUUUAUAAGAAGAAAAAAAAAAGAUAAUUUAGGCUCCAUUUGAAUUUUCCAAAGGGAGCUUGAAAUUGGAUGGUAAACUCUAUCUAGAGGAAGCUAAGGGACUGAUGUGCAGUCCUUUGUUACCUUUGUUUGUCCCAGAUAGACAAGAGCCAAUUUCCAGUGUUCAUCUGUUUGUGCAAUAAAAACUGUUGUGUAAAAACUCUGGGUCAUUACAUUGAGAGGCCGCUUGCUGUACACUCAUGACAUUAGACGUUCCGUGGCAAAAUGUUCAGUUUUAAAUCAAUUCUGAGAGCUUAUUAUUAACUCUAAUAGAGUACAUUUAAUCACUGGUGGAGUCUUAUGAACUCUGCUACAGUUGAAUGUUGGAGUUAUAUAAUUCUGAACUAUUUACCGUGUUGCUAUCCCAACAGCUAUUUAUAUCUACCUUUUACCCAUACAGCACAGACAAGGCUUACUCAAGAGGUGCUUUCUCUCCAUGGUUUCAAUGUAUUAAGGAAUGGAAACACCAGUGUACAAAACUGCCUUAAACUGUCCUUGGCGCAUACAACCAAGCGUCUAAAUCACAGACAUUUUGAGUGCCUUAAUUUGGCUCAAACCAGCAGCUGUCUUCAGAAGGUAGUCUUCAGGUUUCCUUCCCGCUUUAACAGUCAUGAGGAAGUGCUCAGAAACACGAAGAAUGAUGUUAUUACACCGUUAUAGCAUGGUGGCACAUCAAUGUAUACUGACCCUGGGUCCCAGAUUUUAGUGGUUCUGUUUAGUGUUGAUGGCAGGAAAAACAGGUUAAUGGUUCUUAACUUCAACCAGCCUAAAAAGCAAAUUCAGAUAACACUAGCCUACCUCCUUUGUCAGUGGCUCUUGACAAAUAGAAUAACAUCUACAUGAUAUUUGGGGAAAAAAACUUGGUGUAACAAAAGGCAUUCAUUUGUAUGAGACAGCAUUUUCUUAUUCUCUGUAUAUAAAUGUUUAAAACUGUUGUGUGAUAUUAAGGCUAAUGAAAAAGCAAGGAUGCGCUCUGUAUGUUUCAACAUUGAAGCUUUUAAACUUGCACCUUGUAUGGAGUAGGUACAAGCAUAAAUUGACUUAAGAUUAAAAGUAAAUAAAUGUUAUUUUAUCUAUCUUGCAUAAUCAGCCCCCCCCCCCCCCCCUUUCAUAACGCCUGCUUGUUCAGACACCACUUGAGAUAUAGGUGCACAUUAGCAGCUAUUUGAAAAAAUCCAAAUCCAGUCAUUUCAUGAGGCACUCUCAGGAGAUGCUUAUCACAAUGUUUCAAAAAGCCUUGCUUUGUUUAUUCACCUUUGAUUGUAUUCUGUUUUGUUUUUGCCAUGUGACGAUGACAAAGAACCCUAAAGUCUGCCGUUCCACUUCCUCUUUGCAUAUUGUUCAGCAGAGGGGAUGUACUAUGUAUUUGAAUACAGGACAUUGUGCAAUGCCAUGGUUUCUGCACUGGACUCUGGGGUUGCAGGAUUGAAUCCUGUGCUGAACACUGAUUGAUGAGCAAGUAGCAGAAUGUGUAAAAAGAUGCUAAACCAAUAAAUGUGACAAUGAGUUCA